AUGAAUAUCUCGAAUAACAAUCAUCCAAAUAUAUUCGAUUUGCCCAAUGAAAUAUUAUUUAUCAUUAUCAAUAAACUGAAUAUUGGUGAUGUUUUUUAUUCACUUGUGGAUGUUAAUGAACGAUUUGGUCAAUUAGUACUUGAUCCUCUUUAUAUUGAAAAUCUUGAUAUUACAUUUAUGACUAUGAAUUCAUUUUAUGAUCGUACUUUUUCAGUACAUGAACAAGCUCUUUCAAGCAUAUGUGAAAAUAUCUUACCAAAAAUUCAUGAUCAAGUUAAAAAACUUUCUAUUGAACAACAUUCAGUAGAACGUAUUCUUACUUUCAAUUAUUCUCAGCUUUACUCUUUGUCACUUGUUAAUUUUAAAGAAGAAAUACUUUUUCAAUAUCUAAUAGAUUAUUCAAUUCUUCGUGAUCUUCUUACGCAACAAAUCACACACCUAAAUAUUGAUAUUCAGAAUGAGAAAAUAUCAGAAUUGUCUGAUAUGUCAUCAAAUAUAUUUCUAUUGAUUUUAUCUCUAUAGAUGAUAUUAGUUACUCAAAUUAUUGCUCGACGUAUUCACAAUCGUGAUUAUAAAUCGAAUGAAAAAAUUGUGAAACUUAAAUGUAAUAUUUCUAGUACAUCAAAUUCAUCUAAAGAUAAUGAUGAUAAAAAUUCGAAAUCUGAAAAAGCAAUUAUUAAAAAUGCUGAUUAUAUUUAUUGUAUUAAUGAUGGUAUUUAUGGAACAUUUAAUGCUAUUAUAUUUGACCAUAGAAUAUUUAUUGUACAUUAUUUAAAAAUGAAAAAAGAUAAGAAAAAAUGUCCACAAUUUAGAUCAGUUAUAUUUGGUCCAACAUGCGAUUCAAUUGAUUGUAUUGCACAUUCAAUUGAUUUACCAUUAUUAGAUAUUGGUGAUGUUUUAUGGUUUUCAGAUGUUGGUACAUUAUACCAAUGUAAGUGCUUCGAAUUUUAA